GCCUCCCCAGCGUCGGCUCCCGGGCUGGCGGCGCGGGCUCUCCCACUCUACCCCGCGCCGCCUCACGGCCCCGGCCCUCGCUUCACCCUGACGCCCCGGCGUGCGCGUCCUCCUGCCGGCCUGCAGGCUCGGGGCCUCCGCCUGCUUCCCCACAGCUGCUCCUCGCGGCAGCGCUCCCGUUCACGCUGUCGCCCGGGCCGGCGCGGCCGCGGGCAACCGCUCCCCCUCCCACACCUACCCCGCCCCCUCCCCGCCUUUUCCGCCCUCCAGUCCCCCUCCCUCGGCCCGCUGCCGCUGCUCCAGAUGAGGUGAUGGCAACGGCCAACUUCGGCAAGAUCCAGAUCGGGAUUUACGUGGAGAUCAAGCGCAGUGAUGGCCGAAUACAUCAAGCAAUGGUAACAUCUUUAAAUGAAGAUAAUGAAAGUGUAACUGUUGAAUGGAUAGAAAAUGGAGAUACAAAAGGCAAAGAGAUUGACCUGGAGAGCAUCUUUUCACUUAACCCUGACCUUGUUCCUGAUGAAGAAAUUGAACCCAGUCCAGAAACACCUCCACCUCCAGCAUCCUCAGCCAAAGUAAACAAAAUUGUAAAGAAUCGACGGACUGUGGCUUCUAUUAAGAAUGAGCCUCCUCCAAGAGAUAAUAGAGUGGUUGGUUCUGCACGUGCACGGCCCAGUCAGUUUCCUGAACAGUCUUCCUCUGCACAACAGAAUGCACGUAGAAAAUCUAAUUGUGUAAAAGAAGUAGAAAAACUGCAAGAAAAACGAGAAAAAAGGAGACUGCAACAGCAAGAACUUAGAGAAAAAAGAGCCCAGGAUGUUGAUGCUACAAACCCAAAUUAUGAAAUUAUGUGUAUGAUCAGAGACUUUAGAGGAAGUUUGGAUUAUAGACCAUUAACAACAGCAGAUCCUAUUGAUGAACAUAGGAUAUGUGUGUGUGUAAGAAAACGACCACUCAAUAAAAAAGAAACUCAAAUGAAAGAUCUUGAUGUAAUCACAAUUCCUAGUAAAGAUGUUGUGAUGGUACAUGAACCAAAACAAAAAGUAGAUUUAACAAGGUACCUAGAAAACCAAACAUUUCGUUUUGAUUAUGCCUUUGAUGACUCAGCUCCUAAUGAAAUGGUUUACAGGUUUACUGCUCGACCACUAGUGGAAACUAUAUUUGAAAGGGGAAUGGCUACAUGCUUUGCUUAUGGGCAGACUGGAAGUGGAAAAACCCAUACUAUGGGUGGUGACUUUUCAGGAAAGAACCAAGAUUGUUCAAAAGGAAUUUAUGCAUUAGCAGCUCGAGAUGUCUUUUUAAUGCUAAAGAAGCCAAACUAUAAGAAGCUAGAACUUCAAGUAUAUGCAACCUUCUUUGAAAUUUAUAGUGGAAAGGUGUUUGACUUACUAAAUAGGAAAACAAAAUUAAGAGUUCUAGAAGAUGGAAAACAGCAGGUUCAAGUUGUGGGAUUACAGGAACGGGAGGUCAAAUGUGUUGAAGAUGUGCUGAAACUCAUUGACAUAGGCAACAGUUGCAGAACAUCCGGUCAGACAUCUGCAAAUGCACAUUCAUCUCGGAGCCAUGCAGUGUUUCAGAUUAUUCUUAGAAGGAAAGGAAAACUACAUGGCAAAUUUUCUCUCAUUGAUUUGGCUGGAAAUGAAAGAGGAGCUGAUACUUCCAGUGCGGACAGGCAAACUAGGCUUGAAGGUGCUGAAAUUAAUAAAAGCCUUUUAGCACUCAAGGAGUGCAUCAGAGCCUUAGGUAGAAAUAAACCUCAUACUCCUUUCCGUGCAAGUAAACUCACUCAGGUGUUAAGAGAUUCUUUCAUAGGUGAAAACUCUCGUACCUGCAUGAUUGCCACAAUCUCUCCAGGAAUGGCAUCCUGUGAAAAUACUCUUAAUACAUUAAGAUAUGCAAAUAGAGUAAAGGAGUUUGGAAUUAGUCCAUCAGACAUUCCCUUCUCACAGGGUAGUGGCAGUCGCCCUGAUCUCUCUCCUUCUUAUGAAUAUGACGACUUUUCUCCUUCAAUUACCAGGGUGAAAGAAUUGACUGUAGAUCCAACUGCUGCUGGUGAUGUUCGUCCAAUAAUGCACCAUCCACCAAACCAGAUUGAUGACUUAGAGACACAGUGGGGUGUGGGGAGUUCCCCUCAGAGAGAUGAUCUAAAACUUCUUUGUGAACAAAAUGAAGAAGAAGUUUCUCCGCAACUGUUUACUUUCCAUGAAGCUGUCUCACAAAUGGUAGAAAUGGAAGAACAAGUUGUAGAAGAUCACAGGGCAGUGUUCCAGGAAUCUAUUCGAUGGUUAGAAGAUGAAAAGGCUCUCUUAGAGAUGACUGAAGAAGUAGAUUAUGAUGUCGAUUCAUAUGCCACACAACUUGAAGCUAUUCUUGAGCAAAAAAUAGACAUUUUAACUGAGCUGCGGGAUAAAGUGAAAUCUUUCCGUGCAGCUCUACAAGAAGAGGAACAAGCCAGCAAGCAAAUCAACCCGAAGAGACCCCGUGCCCUUUAAACCGGCAUUUGCUGCUAAAGGAUCCCCAGAACCCUCAAUACUGUAACAUACAACAGUUCAGCUGUAAGGGCCAUUUGAAAGUUUGAAAUUUUAAAGUGUCUGUGGAAAAUGUUUUGUCCUUCACCUGAAAUUACAUUGCAAUUUUGUGAAACACUCUUUUGUCUACAAAAUGCUUCUAGUCCAGGAGGCACAACCAAGAAUUGGGAUUAAUGAAGCAUUUUGUUUCAUUUAUGCAAAUAGUGAUUUACUUUUGGAGAUCCCUGUCAAUUUUAUUUCUAUAUGAUGAAGUAAGACUGUAGACUCAAUCCAGAGCCAGAUAGUAGGGGGAAGCCACAGCAUUUCCUUUUAACUCAGUUUAAUUUUUAUAGUGAGACUGAGCAGUUUUAAAUCCUUUGCGUGCAUGCAUACCUCAUCAGUGAUUGUACAUACCUUGCCCACUCCUAGAGACAGCUGUGCUCACCUUUUCCUGCUUUGUGCCUUGACUAAGGCUACUGACCCUAAAUUUCUGAAGCACAGCCAAGAAAAAUUACAUUCCUUGUCAUUGUAAAUUACCUUUGUGUGUACAUUUUUACUGUAUUUGAGACAUUUUUUGUGUGUGACUAGUUAAUUUUGCAGGAUGUGCCAUAUCAUUGAACGGAACUAAAGUCUGUGACAGUGGAUAUAGCUGCUGGACCAUUCCAUCUUAUAUGUAAAGAAAUCUGGAAUUAUGAUUUAAAACCAUAUAACAUGUGAUUAUAAUUUUUCUUAGCAUUUUCUUUGUAAAGAACUAAAAUAUAAACUAGUUGGUGUAUAAUAAAAAGUAAUGAAAUUCUGAGAAGAGUUUUAUCUUAGGAAAAUACAUAUAUAUGCAGUGUGUGUGCCAGUGUGGUAUUAACAAGACUAAUAGUGCAAUUUGAUCCUUACCAAUAUGAUUACUUAAUUUGAAGUGUUCAUUAGCACCCUAAAAUAUACCUUUUCUGUGUACUGUUAAAGGAAAUUGGCUUCUGAUGCAUGAACAUUUACAUGUACAUUGAAAGUAGUCCAUAAUAGAAGUUAGUUUAAGCCAAGUGUAGACAGUACAUUACUCCCCUGAAAAAGAAUUAAGCUGCAAAAGAGUUGACUUUGCCUUAAAAGGCAGAUCUAACCCAAGCUCCAUCCAGUACCAAAUGUGAAACUUCAUCAUUAUUUGGUGAGAAUCACCAAAUUCUCACUAAUAACAUGGGUGUAGGGCGUGCUACUUUUUAAAUGGCAGCACUUAUUUUUACAGAUUGCUACUCUUAAGAAAGAAAACUGGCCACUUUUCAUGUAAAUAUUUUGUUAAAAGAUUUUAUAUAUCUCUCUAGGAGUUUUUCCUCAGUUCCCAGGAUAGGGUCUGGGAGUAGAUUAACAACUAAAAUCUCCCAAGGAUAUCUUGUUUUGAUUUAUUUACUCCAGGGAACUACCAGCUCAUUCAUAGGAGCCAAAGGGAAGCUAUGAAUAGAGAGUCAUAUGAGCCAGAUUCUUUACUUUACUGUUCAUAAAACCCGGAGAGUAGUUGUGAAAGAUCCUAAUACAAUUGUGAAAAGCUCUGUAAACAUGAAAUCUAAAACAAAUGUAGAUUUUCACAAUAUGCUUAUUAAUAAAUGAAGUCUAUGGAAU